AUGGAUGAACCAUACUUUAAUCGGGAAGAUAGAAUCAGUAGAUUACAGGAUGAACUAAUUCACUACAUCCUGUCUUUCGUCGAUACGAAAUAUGCAGUCCAAACUAGUGUUUUGUCAAAAAGAUGGGUUGAUAUUUGGAAAUCUCUACCUGUUCUAAACUUUAACAGGAGCUCAUUUUCUGAAGGCAAGCAAGAUAGUUUCAUAAUGUUUGUAGACAUGGUAUUGUUUUUUCGCAAAGACUUUGACAUUCAGAGGUUUUCUGUGGAUUGGAGGAACUUAGCAUAUGAUCGUUCAGCGAUAAUGAAUGUUAACAGAUGGACUAGCCUUGGUGCUGUCAAAUACAAUGUUCAAGAAAUAAGUAUAUUAAUCACUCAAUGUCCGGCAUAUGAAAUUCCUCACCGACUCCUUAAUAGUAAAUCUCUAAGAAAAUUGGUGAUAAAUGUGUUUAGUAAUCCUGGAUAUGUAGAUAUUAUUCUACCAAGUUCAAUGAGUUUACCCAAGCUUACUGAAUUAACUUUACAUGGAUUAUCAAUCUCCAACGUAGAAUCAUCUAGAAGGCUUUUUUCAAGUUGUCCAGUUCUUCGAAAUUUAUCUAUAGGAGAAUGCAAUAUACAAACUAGCAAUCAAAGAAAGUUGAUUGUUGAUUCUCCCAGCCUUAAGAAUUUCGAGUAUGCUGAUUAUUAUUGCUGUGGACAUCUUUUGCCGCAAAAUGAUACUGUGGUUAACUUUAUCAAGUUAUGUGCUUCAAAUGUGGAAUUCUUCUCUUGCAAGUCUUUCUUGACACAAGAUUAUUCUCUAGAAAUCAGUUCUCCAUUAUUGGUGGUUUACUUUCACAUAACACUCAAUGCAAAAGAAGAAGAUGAGAAUGCAGAAACGUAUGAAAAACUGCCUUUAAAGGAAAAAGCUGUGUAUGCUAAACGUAUGAUGAAAUUUCUAGGAGCGGUUAAUAUGGUGCAAGGACUUAGACUAUCACCUGGAUUCCUUGAGGUUCUCUCACAGGCUCCCGACUUAUUAGACUGCCAGCCACCUCGUCUAUGUAAUCUACUAUAUUUGGUGCUGGAAAUGUGGCCUACAAGAGCUUGUUUGCGGGCUAUGGCAUACUUACUCAUGGUUUCUCCUAAUAUAGCUCGUUUGGUUCUUACAUCGAAGGAGUCGAAAUUAGCACAAGUUGGAGAUGGCUGGGAAGCAGGAUUGUCACUGCCGGGAAUGUUAUCUCACCUCAAAUUUGUCCGGAUUGAAGAAGUGGAAGGAUGUGAUGCGGAGCUUAAACUUCUAAGUUUUUUGUUGAAAAACGCAAAGAAUUUGGAGGAAGUUGUUCUAGAAUAUCGUUCUAAUAUUGAUUCGCCAGAGGGAGCGAGACAAUUUCAGGAUAAGCUAAGAUUAGUUCCUACAGCUUCUUCAAAUAUCCAAAUGGUGUUUAAAACUUAG